GACUUUACGAAAGUUUUGGAUAUUUUUCUUUGUUUCCUUUUAACAUUUAUUAUUUUCAUAUUUUAAUGGAUAAAUACGAGAAAACAUGAGCGAAAAUAAUUCGAAUGACGUUGAAAAUAAUGACGGAGAAAGUGAGAAAAAAAAUUAUUGCAAUAAUAUGUUUAUUACAAAUAAUAUUAACGAGGACUAUCCAAUUAAUAAUUCACAACAAGAUUUAUUUUCCGAGUGGGAAGAAACUAAUCAAGUAAAUGAAAGAACAUUACAACGAAUUCCGGAAGAUUGCUCUUUUCUUAAUUCGUUCAAAACUCCAGUGAUACUUUCUGAUGUUGAAGAAAAUGUAUCUAAUUCACCUGUGAUUCCAAAGACACCUGCAAGUCUUGCUCCUUUUAUUUAUAAAAUAAACGAGCCAUGGACAAGUGAUUUAGAAACUCCAGAGGCAAAAUUAGCAACGAAAUUGCACAAUUCGUCAAUUGAUAAAGCUUCGAAACAGCAUCAAACUCCAAUUCUCGAGAGAAUCCGAUUAGAAAAUGAUGCAUCGCCAAUUUUGAGUAAUAACAAAAAAAGGAAACCUAAACGUCAAAUUUUUAAAGCAAAUGCCUUCGAAAAUUUUGAGAUUACACCAAGUUUUGAGAAUAUACUUAAAACUGAAGAAUCGAAAAUAAAUAGUGAAAUAGUAAAAGAAGCGGAAUUAAUUACAACGACUGUUCAAGAGGAAGUUUCUAAUAAUUCUACAAAUUUAAAAAAUUCUAGUCCUAAGUGCAGUGAUAGUGAAACUAAAGUAGAAUCGAAUGCUACCUCAUCUGUAACAAAAUCAUUAAUCGAUAAAUACAAAGAAGUCAAGAAUUUUUUAGAAGGGCAGGAAAAUUUCGAAAUUCCCAAAAUUGAUAUCCCUGAAAGUGAUAUGUUAAAGUCUGUCAUUCAACUCGAACGUGCUUCGGCAGAUUUUUCUCAUUUAACAAAGCCUACAACACCGAUUAUAAAUGAAACGGAACUUGUGCCAUUUUCUCAAUUUUUUAAAAAUACAAAUGAAUCCUUCACCGAAAUAAAAGAUAAACCGAAAAUGAAUGAGGUGAUAAAAGAAAAAGUGUUGAAAGAGAAUCAUUGUCAAGAGGAAAAUAGAAAUACAACUAAAUCACCACAUUCGAAGCAAGUAAAAAUUUUCAAAGACAAUAAGUCGGAAGAAAAAAUUCCUGUUAUGGAAGAGGAGUCUGAAAUUUUUGAUUUAAGUCAAUGGCUUUAUACAGGUAAAAGUUUGAAUGAAUCUACAAAAUUAAAUGGCGAAAAUGAAGAUCCGAAAAAUUUCGAAAAAGAAACCGUAACAAAAAAUGAAAGUGAUCAAAAAACGGAAAAAUUCGACGAGAAAAUGGAAUUGGAGGAAUUAAUGUUUCAAGAAAUGGAUAGUUUUGAUUUCGUUCAAAAUUUCGGGGACAAAAUAACACCAGAGGAUUUGAAGAAGGAUUUAAAUUUAGAAGAAACUAAAUUUACGGGCGCUUGUGGAUUUUCAACAGCUGGAGGGAGGAGUAUAAAGAUUAACGAAGAUAAAUUAAAACUAGCCAAAAGGAUGUAUCAAGAAACGGAAAAUGACGAGAAUUGUGAAUCAAAAUUAAAAACGGACAAAUUUUCAAAAACCAAUUCUUCUAAUUUGAAAAAGGAAGAAAAUUUCAAAACUCCUAAUCUGUCAGUUGGAUUUUCCACCGCGGGAGGAAAAAGUAUAAAAAUCGACAAGGAUAAAUUAGCGAGAGCUGAGAAAAUGUAUCAAGAAACUGAAAAUAACGAGAAUUGUGAAUUAAAAUUAAAAACGGACAAAUUUUCAAAGACCACGGAUAAAACCAAUUCUUCUAAUUUGAAAAUGGAGGAAAAUUUCGAAACUCCUAAUAUUUCAGUUGGAUUUUCCACGGCGGGAGGAAGAAGUAUAAAAAUCGACAAAGACAAAUUAGCGAAAGCUGAAAAAAUGUAUCAAGAAACUGAAAAUAACGAGAAUCACGAAUCAAAGUUAAAAACUGACAAAUUUUCAAAGACCACGGAUAAAACCAAUUCUAAUUUAAAAACGGAGGAAAAUUUUCAAAUUUCUAAUAUGUCAGUUGGAUUUUCCACAGCGGGAGGAAAAAGUAUAAAAAUCGACAAAGACAAAUUAGCGAGAGCUGAAAAAAUGUAUCAAGAAACUGAAAAUAACGAAAGCUGUGAAUCAAAAUUAGAAACGGACAAAUUUUCAAAGACCACGGAUAAAACCAAUUGUUCUAAUUUGAAAAUGGAGGAAAAUUUCGAAACUCCUAAUAUUUCAGUUGGAUUUUCCACGGCGGGAGGAAGAAGUAUAAAUAUCGACAAGGACAAGUUAGCGAAAGCUGAAAAAAUUUAUCAAGAAAUUGAAAAUAAAGUGAAAGAGACUUUUAAAGAAGAGGAAAUUCCAUCUUUCGAAAUUGCUUCAACCAGUAAGGAAAAUCAUCUCCCUGACUUGAAGACAAAUUACACUUCUGGUUUUGCGACAGCGGGAGGAAAAAAUAUUGCCAUAAGUCAUGAGAAACUUUCAAGGGCACAGAAAAUAUAUAACGAAAUCGAAAUAAGCGCCACUGAUAAAGAAGUAAUUGGUAAAGAAAAUGAAUUUUUUCCAAACGAAUCUAAUAAAACACCCAAAACUAAUUUCUCGAGUUCAAGUAGUCAGAAUAAAACACUUGAAAACUCAAGUGAUUUGAGACGAAAAGUAAUCGAUAGAAAUACAAACAAUUCGAAACAAUUUAAACCUCUCCAAAUAGGAAUACCGAGAAAUUCCCCUUUGUGUAAUCGAAAUUUAACAAAAAGCGCAUCUAAAGCAGAAAACGCCGAAUUGAAAAGUAACGAUUUUAAAACAUCUAUUCAAGAAGAAUUAUUCGAUGAUAAAUUAUUCGACAAUAUAGAUGAAUUUGAAAUUGAAGACACAAGAAAAAAUUGCAGUUUACCAGUGAAUUCGGAAAAUAAAAUAGAUCACCAAAUUAAACAACGAUUAUCGUUAUCGACUCCAGUUAGAAGUAAAAAGUUUCCACCAUUAAAUCAACAUAUCGCUUCUCUUUCGGAACAUUUAAUUCCAGAAUCUCCCCAAUUUCAAGGUUUUAGUUCACAGAAAAUUUCAUCUACCAUGAAUUCGUCGCCAUUCUGUGGAUUCACUCUGAGUGAGUCAUUAUAUUCAACUAUAUUUUAUUCAAAAUUUGUCAAUUUACUUGAAAAAGUGAAUAAAUUAGAAAAAACCAUUUCGCCAAUUUGUGAAACUGCGAGCAAAAGAGGAGAAGAAAUAGAUAUAGAAAGCAAGAAAAAUUCCCAAAUUGAAUCAAAAUUGUCUGUAAGUGAUAAAAGAAUGGAAAUGGAUUUAUUAGGAGAAAUUCAGACAAAAAUUGCAUCGAGGAUGGUCGAUGAUAAAAUAGGAGUAAAUUCGAAUCAAGAGUGUAGACAAAUAUUGAGUAAAACUAGCAAUAAUUUGUUAAAAAGAGCAAAUUUAAAUUUGCAAAAUCUAAAUAAUAAAACUGAGGAUAAAGAUUCUAAUCGAAGAUUACAGUGGAAUGUUUUGAAACGUCCAAUUGACGAGGUUGAUGACAAUACUCCAUUGGGACGUUACGAUAAUUUAAAAAAACAAAAACUCAACUACGAUUUAAUGGGAAAAAAACUCUUCACCGAGGGUUCAAUCAGUGAUGAUGAAACAGAGACAACAAUAAAUUCUCUCAAUCAACCUGGAACAAGUUCUUCAAAUUCGAAUCGAACUAAAGAAUCGCAGGAUUAUAAUUCGUCAAUAUUGACCGACACUAUAGUUUCGGAGGAAUUUUUCAAACCGUUCACAAAUGUGGAAAAAGAAAUGGAACAAGAAAAAAAUAAUGUACCUGAAGAAAUGCCCAAGAGUCCUGUUUUAGGAAAAUCGAAAUUCAAAAAGAGGCGAAAAUUAAGAACGACCCAAAUGGGAAGUUCAAAAAUGGAAAAAUUUGACUCUGUACUUUCUGAUUGUUCGUCGAAUUUACAAACGUAUGAAUCUUUGAUUAAUGAUUCCGAAGUUUUGGAAAAACGUAUUUCUGCUGCUUUCGAACUAGAUAAAAUAAUAUCUAGAAAAAGGAAAGAAAAACCGAGACCAACGAGGGGAAGUUUCUUGGCUAAUAGAGAAGAAAAUAAAAAUUCGAGGAUUUCUUUGUAUAAAUUAGCAAAUGGAUCUGCUCCGACGUUGAGGAAUGAACAAGAGCUGAAAGAAAGGGAAAUAAAUCCAGAUGUUUUGAAUGUCACUGCUUCAACGGCUGAAUUCUACAAAUUCAAGAUGGACAUUAUUGACGAGUCAGACCGAAGAAAUCUUGUCAGUUUAAAAGUUGGAGACGGUGCAACUUUGGUUCUCGAUAAAAAUUGCUCUGCAGGAGUCGAAGAAUUCGAAAGAGCCUUCGAGGCGAGUCCUGGAGUCGAUCCAAAUCUUCUUCCAAGAGGAUGGUUGAGAAAUCAUUAUCGAUGGAUCGUUUGGAAAUUAGCGUCGUUGGAUAGAAUAAAACUUGGCUCUUCAGAUACUACAAAAUUGCUGACGCCGGAUAGAGUUAUGAAGGAUUUAAAAUACAGAUAUGAUCGAGAAAUAGACAGAUCUCAGAGACCUGUAAUUAGAAAAAUAUUGGAGAAAGAUGAGGUGCCAUCGCAAAGAAUGGUACUGUGCAUUGCAAUGAUAACGGAGAGUGUGGAAAAUGAAAUUGAGGAGAAGGAUCCAAGAAUUUUGCUACGAACACCAAGGUGGAAAAUUGAAGUUACGGACGGAUGGUACAGUAUUCCUGUAUCGUUUGACACUGCAAUGAUGAAAAAUAUUGUUGACGGAAAAAUUCAAGAGGGAACGAAAAUUGUCACCUAUGGAGCGGAAUUACUCAACUGUGAUCAAGGCUGUUAUCCACUGGAGAAACUAGAAAACGUGUGCUUGAAAAUUCAUACGAACUCAACUCGACGAGCAAGAUGGGAUGUAAAAUUGGGUCUUCAAAAAGUAUCAGGUCCAAUUAACUCAAGUUUGAAGGCAGUCGACCCUAAUGGAGGCUUCAUUGGUCAAGUAAACGUAAUUAUUUCUCGAAUAUAUCCAAUAAUGUAUCGGGAAAAAACUUCUGACGGACAAUCAAUUUAUCGAAAUGAAAAACAAGAAGAAAAAGCUGCGAUAAAUUAUAAUAAUGAACGAGAGAAGAAAGCGGAAUUACUUUUUGCCAAGGCACAAGAAAAAUUAGAAGGAAAUAAACACGAUUCUUCCGAAGAAGAUAAUAGCGGAUCAUUGACACAUUUCGAUUCUUUUAACAAUUUAACUGAAGCGCAACGUAAUAAAUUGUUCAUUAAUCGACAAGCUAAAAUGGAAAGAUUAAAAAUGGAAAUAAAUGAAGAAGUUAAGUCUAGUUAUCCACCGAGAAAUGUCGUUCCGGUACGAAAGAUUCGUAUUAAUGAUGGAGAAAAUUGUGCUAUUUUAACAAUUUGGUCCUCAAAUGACGAUGUCAGUAUUUUUAAGGAGGGAAAUUGUUAUUCUAUAUACAAUAUCAAUGCUUAUGGAAGAAGGGAUGGAGAAUUACAUCUGACGGCAAGUCGACAGGCAAUUUUUAAAUCGGUAUCAAAUUCGAGUCAAAUUUAUCCCCGUCGACAAUUCACACCAUUGCCAGAGAUUUCGGUUCCUGGUUUUGAACCACCUUAUCGAGAAUUAGACACGAUUGGAGUUGUUUCAUGGAUAGGAAAUACUCCCCAUGGGAUGAAGAAUUUCGAUGCCAUUUGUAUCUCUUGUCCUAAUGAUGAUUCUUCCUCAACGUAUUUAUUAAUAAUGUUUUGGCAAGGAAUUUCCUCUUAUGGAUUUUCAAAUAUUCUCACCGUUGGAUCAUUGAUUGCCUGCAGUAAUUUGGAAAUUCGAAAAACACGAAGUGCAUCAAACAUUUCUUUGUGUUACUGUUCUGAGAGGACAGUGUUUACAAAAAGUCCUCGACAACCGCAUCUCUUAAGCGCUUUUGAAGCUCUGAACAAACAGAUAACAGACUUAAAAUCCUACGCAAAAACAUGUGGCGAGGAAAUUUCCACUCUUCUUCAAAAGAAGCCAAUUUCACGUAUUUCCGGUCAAGGAAUUAUGGAUUCAGUUGAACGUAAUUCGGCAAAUAAUAGUCCACAUUUUAUGGUGGCAAAAACUCCCAUGGAUGUUGAUACACCGAUAAAAUCGUCUGCAAUUAAAAAGCGAUUCGCAAGAUUGACGAGGUAUGCAGAACCACCAGAAUUAUCGCCAAUGGUUUUAAAUAAUUCGAGAAAUGUUAAUUCGAGUUUUCGACCUGUUAUUAUGACGCCAACUUCGACAAAAUUAACAAACAUUCGUCCCGAUACGACGUGAUAAUAUUUUCUGUCUCUCUUUUUAUUUAAUGCUUUUAUUUCGGUUAUUUUUUAAAACAAAAGAAAAAUAAUUUUUCAAAAUUAGUUAAAUUUAAUUAAAUGCAGUAUUUUGAUUAAGUUUAGUGAUUUUUAGUUUAAUCAUGUUACAAGUAAAAAUUCGAUUCUAAAUUUAGUUACAUAAAUUCGUCAUCGUACAUUGGAAAAAAAAAAUUUUGGAGAAAAAUGUGUUGAUUGGAAGUAGUUUCGUUUAUACAAUUGCUCUUUAUUACUGUUGAAUAUGCAUAUAUAAAUAUCUUAUAGAAUAAUUUAUUUUCGUUGUAUAAAAUAAAUUCUAAAAUUAUCGAUAAAAA